UUCACUGGUGUUUGGGCAAGAGCCCAAGAAGUCACAUCCAGUGACUGUUUAAUUUUCUCACACUUAUCAUCACUUAAGAUGCACAAAUAUCUUACGCAAAUAUUAAAAGACCGCUUUUUAAUUUAAUAAUAAGUAAAGUAAAUAUAUUUGUCGUGUAUUCACUUCCAUUUAAUGAAUCUAACUUUUUUCAAUCUUCAAUGUUAUAAACGUAGAUUAGUUAAAGACAAGCUUGAAGCUAUGGCCCCACAAACUUUUGUUUGUAUUUUUGGUACCUCUUGGUUUUUUGGAAUUUGUGAGGUUAUUGAAUAGUAUUGUAUCUCUAAUUUUAUUAUUAGCCUCUGUGGUUAAUGUUUAUCAUGUUCUACUUCUAGAGUGGCAACAAGAAGUUUACAAUUUUCAACAAUUUUCUAUUAGGACUUCUUAACUGGUGCAUUAUUAAAAUAUCAAUUCGUAUUAAUUCUAGUGUUGCAUGAUAGUAAUAGAGACAAAAUGAUUACGAAUUUCGAUAAACUUUGUGCUGAUUUGGAAAGGCAAGAACUUGAGACACCAAAUGGAAUAGCCAGUCCCUCGACUUACGCUCAGCUAUUAGCUAUUUAUUUGUAUCAAAAUGAUCUGUGUAAUGCAAAAUUUUUAUGGAAGAGAAUACCACAAAAUGUAAUGAGUAGCUCCCCUGAAAUAGUUGCAAUAUGGGCUAUUGGACAGAAACUGUGGAAAAAAGAUUUACCUGGUACAUAUGAGGCAUUAGCAGCUUACUCUUGGACAGAACCAGUUUCCAACAUUAUAAGAGCUUUGGAAGAAAAUGUUCGAGAAAGGACUCUAAACCUUAUCGGAAGAUCGUACAGUUCCAUAAAAAUAGAUAAACUGAUCUCAAUGAUUGGUCUCAGCAGGGAAGCCACAUUACAAGUCUGUCAAGAUCGCAGGUGGACUCUACAUGAUGAUGGCAUGACAGUGAAUCCCUUACCCCCAGCACAACCAGCCCCAUUGCAUACUUCUAGUGAAGAUCAACUUUUCAAACUAACAGAAUUUGUGUCAUUCUUAGAAAAUUAACUCUGUACGUACUUUCUUUGAACAGAACCAGUUGAGAUCCGUCGAUGAUAGAAUAUGCGAAAUAGUUCCGAAUCGAUGGAACAACAUGGCCGAAAAUUGUAUGACCAAAAUCAAGGCAAAGAAGAACACAAAUACCAGACCGAUAGGCUCUAAUUGCAAGUAUUCCUUCGAGAUGAGAAGCUGAAAUUGCAAAAUAAAUGUUAAUCCACGUUUUUUUUUUAUUAUGUUAAAACUUGCAAUCACAUUAAAGUAGAUAAAUUUAGAAUGUUUAAAAAUGCCAAUGAUUCGUAUUGUUCCUUAAUAAUAAAGUUCAAAUUUCAAAAUAA